AUGGAUCCGCCUCCCGAGGUGAUGGCUACAUGGCCAAAGCCAAACUACAUCAAUCCUCAGUGUCAAGGGCCCCAGCUUCGUAUUUUCAGCGUCAUUCUUCUGGCCUUGAGCGUGACUAUGGUCGGAUCCCGGUUAUGGGUUCGAAUUCAUAUCAAAAGAUCUGCAGGGUGGGAUGACUGGAUCAUGAUUUGUGCUCUUCCAUUUUUAAUAACCAUCACGGUCCUCGUGAAUCGCGGGACCGAUUACGGUUGGGGAUAUCAUCUCUGGGAUUAUAAGAUUGAAUGGCAAAAACCCUCAAUGAUGCUCAACUUCAUUUGUCAGGUCCUUUUUACAACAAUCAUGACACUCGUUAAACUUUCGAUUCUUCUGUCAUACCUGCGAUUUCUAACGGUUCCUUUAUUUCGAUACAUGAACUGGACGAUGAUUGCUCUGGUGCUUGCAUGGGGGUCGGGCAUGUUAUCCUAUACCUACUUUAUCGCCCUUUUUCUGGCCUGUAGCCCUCUAGAAGCCUACUGGGAUAUCGGUGCUUUUCAGACUGCAACCUGUGAUAACGAACAGUCUCGAAGUCUGUCUUUUACCAUUACAAACCUGAUCACCGACAUCCUUAUUGUGCUCAUUCCAAUCCGAACAUUUUGGAUGCUGAAAUUGCCGACACGUGAAAAGCUUCUGCUAACAGGCCUGAUGAGUCUCGGUCUAUUGGCAUGUAUUGCCUCGGCGAUUCGAAUAUACUACGCUUACCGGAUGUUCUAUGGUUCAUAUGAUGUGUCAUGGGAGGUAUACCAAGUUUGGUUCUGGAUUCUUGUUGAAAUCAACUUGGCUGUCAUAUGUGCUUCCAUGCCGACGCUCCGACCCCUUACACAAAGAUACUUCCCCAAACUUGGAUUCAAGAGCUCAAAUAUAUUAAUUGCAUCUAACCGCAACCACAACCGCAUACACAUGGCCAUUCCACAAUUUCUUACUCCGUAA